GGUCAGCUGCCCAUGUCGCGUCGUAGCAGGUGUACAUUUUUUACGCACAAAAUUCCCAUUCCCUUUUUAGCAAGACAUGAGACAACAGGCGAAAAAUACCCCUAGAAAACGACGACGAAAACGCGUCAAAAUGGCUGUGUAGCGAAAAAACGCCCACCAAACCAACGUGCAUAUCCACAAGGAUUGCACCAGACGACAAUAAUCAUGGCUUCUUUUGCAUCAUGCAUCCUCAACAGCGCCCAGAUCGGGUUGGCUCAAGAAUUUUCCCAAAUUCCGCAAGCAUUUUCUUCUGGACAAGUAAUCCAACAAGGACGACAAGAUGUCUCUCUUCAAUAUGGAGUUGGAUCCAAUGGCCUCGCUGUUCAGCGAGGAGCCCGGCAGUCUCUGGGCUGCGGGGCAAAAUGAUUUCCUCAAGGGUCGGGGUUCGUCAGAGCUCGGGGGAUCUACCGGCAGCCUGGCUGACGAUUUGCUGGAGGAAAUCAGCGGACAACAUUUAGGAGGGGAUUCCCUUUCUGAUGAACUGCCUGAAUGGAUGUCCGAGAAGAUUUCGCUGACUCAGUGGAUAGAUGCAGCGGACAUCAUGCCGUCUGACCUGCUGACCACUGUUCCCUUGUCAUUCCCCAAUGACAAGGGUACUUCCAUUGAGCCAGCGGAGGAGCUGCUGCAAACUCUGAUGGUGGAUGAUCGCAUCCCUCCGCAACCUCCAUCUCCAGGUGAGCAGCAGGCUCCAGAUCUUGUAGCCCUGUCUCCAGCAGGAUGCCUGUACUCCCUCGAAUCCCCGAUGUCCCCAGCCUCAUCAACCUCCUCAAGCAGCAUGGAGCCACCCAGCCCCGAGGCCGUCCCCCUGACAGCCGAAGAGCAGCUGUGGCAAAUAGCUGAAGGACUGACAACCAUCUACAACAUACAUGUAAGUCUGCCGGAUCCGGAGGACAACCAGAGUGAGGUCCUCGACCCCCAGUCUGACCCCCAGUCUGACCCCGAGUCUAAUCCUGCUCUCCCCCAGUCCCCAGCGGAAUCGGAAGAGCAAGAAGAGCAGAAAGGCAAGCGGUCCACUCCUCAGAAGAAAGCCCGAGCGAAACCCAAGCUCAGGACUGUCAAUGACCCUGCGAUCAAGAAGAACAAGAAGAAGGAUCAGAAUAAAGUUGCUGCCACCAGGUAUCGGCAGAAGAAGCGUGUAGAGGCCGAUGGCCUGAUGACUGAACAGGUGGAGCUUGAGGGGAAGAAUAAAGAUCUCAAGGAUAAGGUUGAUUCUCUCACCAGAGAGAUCAAAUACCUGAAAGACUUGAUGACCGAAGUUUACAAGGUCAAGGGAGAGCUGAAGAUUUUACGGAAGUAGCUCUGGUUGCUGUGUUGUCAGUCUGUAAAUAUGCCUUUUGCCAUAGUUUUAGUUCUUUUGCUCGGUUUCUAGGAGCAUUUGCAGCCUGACCCCUUUGGAAUCUGCUGCAAAUUCUCUUUUACACCGAGUAUGCAAGUGUUAGCAAGUUGAAUUUAUUUCCUCAAUUCUCAAAUCUAAAUUGUGUACGUGUACAUACAUGUAUUUUGUUGCUAAUCAGUGCUUAUCAAGAUUUUUCAUUUAAAUUAAAAUGCUGAACUAAGUUUGCUUAUCCUUUAAGUGGCAUCCCCCGAGUAAAAGAUGUAAGUAUUUCUAAGACACAUAUUGGUUUAUGCAGGUAGCAGAUUUACCAUCAUUAGUUUGAGUAAGGUUUCACUCGUAAAUUCUGGGCACAUUGCGUCGACUUUCGUCUCGAAUUGAUCAGUGAAGUAUUAUUACGCAGAUAUUUAUUAUUUUUCUGAAUUCUAAAUUUGAAUUGCAAGCUUUGAUGAUUGAUUUCGAGCCUUGAAAGCGUUAUUUGGGACCACUCUUCAAAAAAAAAAUUCACAAUUUUGCUGUACAGUAUGUAAUUGACACUUGCAGUCACUGUACACAACUAUUUUGGUAAACAGGUGCUUGAAGCCUUGAACUGUUAACAGUACAUUUAUUUGGAAAUGAUCUCCAUUUCAGGAUCCUGUGAACCAUGCCCACAAAAUGCACAAAUGCAGCAAAAUUAAAGUGCUGAUGCAGUGAUUUUGAAAUUUGACAUCACUUGAAGUGGAGGUUUUAAUGUUGUAACUAUUCCCUUUGAGUGAUGUUCACACCUAUACACCGAUCAUCAACCAAACGUGCAUCUGUUUUAAACUGUAAAUAAAACAUUACUAAAAGAGGCAUUAUCUAAAGAACCAAGUGGGAUUUGUUGUUGUUUUUGUUAGAAAGUGAUGAACACACUACUGUGCAUUUUCUUUUUCUGAAUAAUUACUCGGUAGUGCUUAGGUGGACUCUAAGAUGCUUUGGCUUGGUAAUAAAAAGUAUUGAAGUUAUUGGAGAAAACUUGA